AUGAGGGUUCUUGUCUUUGUCUAUCUCACCUUUUUGUAUCAGCUCUGUGAGGGGGCUGGAAAAGGUAAGAAGACAGAGGAUUCCAAAAGUACUGUGAAGAAAGCUGACGACUCCACCAAACCAGCUGAAACUACAGAGGUUAAUACGGUAACACUUGAUUUUCUGGAUAUCGGAAAAGAUGUUAUCAAAGAACAAGUCCUCUUCGUUGAAUAUACUGAUGAAGAGAUUACCUACAAGAGCUACACCCUGAGGGAGAAUGUCACUGCAAAGAGUGUCAAGGAGGAAGAUGCUACAAUAUGGACCACAGGAGACGAGGGAAAACGUCUCAAAGUCCUGACAUAUUCCAAGGAUAAUCUCCAUCUCUGUCGUAUUAAUGUGUUCCCUCUGGGUAACAUUCCACAUUGCUUUGAGAAGGUAAAUGAGAAAUGGGAAUCACUAGAGCAUCCAGAAUUCUCUAAAAAACUAAAUGCUCUUUUAAACCCUGUAAACACAAAAAUGAGACUGGAAUUCAUGAUGUUGUCAGACGAUGUGGCCGACAUUUAUGAAUAUUAUGCGCAUGGAAUGUUGGUAACCAUUGCAUUCCCAAAGUUCAAGACCACGAGCGUAUCUUGCAUAGGGGAAAUUUGGAAGGCCGGAGAAGGUGAAGAAUGUAUUUGCGCUCGUUUUUAUACUAGAAGAGGAUGGUUUUGUACCCUUUAUGUAAAGAAGGGUGAUGGUACAGAGAUCAAAAAUUUUGAAUAUAGUAAUAAUAAGUGGAAUAGUGUCACUAACCGUAACACACUUAUAAACACCUGUAUCUCGUAUACACCCUCUAAAGACACGGAAACAAAUGUUACUACAAAUAUUAUGGACAUUACCAAGGAUGAUAAUACGGUCUAUACUACGAAGACUUUUACAGUCUCUGGAAUAAAUGUCAAGAGACAGACUCCACUUCCAAAUAAAUUUAUAAAUGAGGUUAAAGAUGGAGAAACUUUAAUCUGGAAGACUCCUGAUGCUCAAAGAGAGAGAUGUGUAUCCUGUGAGCUUAAAUCAAGGGGAAACACCUCCGUAGCAAUCCUAACACUAGCUACCACUUUUGACCUAAGCUUUCUCUAUUUUGAAAAGAAUGGUACUGAAUGGAAGAGUAUAGAAAAGAAGGCUGAUUUUGACAAGAAGAUAGAGGAGAUGAAAAAGAUGGAGACUACUCAGCCCACUUCCAUAGCUGAUCUCCUCUCCAAGGUUGACUCUACUCUCUUUAAUGUAGAGGAAGCAGAGGAGGAUAACUUUAAGGUUCUUAAGUUAAAGGCUAAGGAUGGAGUUACUAUUACUGAGCUCACUUACGGAGAAGAAACACUAUGGCAAGCUCCAAAUGCUGGUGAUUUAUGCACAAUUGCCACAUUCUACUUCGGACAAGACAAUAACCCAGUAGCUGCUUCAUAUAGAUUCAAGAGAGAUGGAAAACUGAUUGAAGGCUACCGCCAAUUCUCUGGUGGAAAGUGGCUCUGUCUUCAGGACAUUGAUAGGGAAGGAUGA